CUGAAGUCCGGACUUGCAUCUGACUGUGGGGCAGUCUUGGGGGCUGAGCCCUCAAGCUCUAGGAUCUGAUUCUAUGCCCAGGAACACAGUGUCAGAAUUGAGUUGGAGGACAACCAGCUGGGGGUGUGGGGAAAAUUCCUCACACAUGUGGUCAUGGAAGUCUUCUGUAUUGAUUGCUGUGGUGUGAGAGCAGAGGAAAAACGGUUUGUGUUUUUUCUAUUUUCAGGAUAAUGUCCCCCGCCCCCAAGAUCCUUAACUUCAUCACAUCUGCAGAGUUCCUUUUGCUAUCCCCGCCUUACCAGCUCUCUGCCCCUCUCUGAGUGUGGACCCUAAAGGGGGAGAAGGGAUGCCAGCUGCACGGGGGAAAUCCAAAUCCAAGGCACCUAUAACAUUUGGGGACUUAGCCAUCUACUUCUCCCAGGAGGAGUGGGAAUGGCUGAGCCCCAUUCAGAAGGAUUUGUAUGAAGAUGUCAUGUUGGAGAAUUACCGGAACCUGGUCUCGCUUGGUCUUUCCUUUCGGAGACCAAAUGUGAUCACCUUAUUGGAGAAAGGGAAAGCGCCCUGGAUGGUAGAGCCAGUAAGAAGACGCCGGGCUCCUGACUCGGGGUCUAAGUGUGAGACCAAGAAGUUACCUCCAAAUCAAUGCAGCAAAUCUGGGCAAAGCAUCUGCCAGAAACUAGUUUCUGCACAACCAAAAGCUCCUACACGAAAGAGUGGCUGCAACAAAAAUUCAGUCCUAAUAAAGGCUAAGAAAGGGCAUUCCGGGAAGAAACCUUUAAAAUGUAAUGACUGUGGUAAAACCUUUAGUCGAAGCUUCUCUCUUAAACUUCAUCAGAACAUUCAUACUGGAGAGAAGCCUUUUGAAUGCAGUAAUUGUAGAAAAGCUUUCAGACAGAUCUCAUCCCUCGUACUUCAUCAGAGAAUUCACAGUGGAAAGAAAAGCCAUGAAUGUGAUAAAUGUGGGGAAAGCUUCAAUCAAAGAACAACCCUUAUUCUACAUAGGAGAAUUCAUGAUGGAAAGGAAAUUCUUGACUGUGAGAAGGCCUUGAGUCAAUGUCAGUCUUUCAAUAUACAUCAGAAAAUUCACGUUGUUGGGAAUGUCUGCCAGUGCAAAAAGUGUGGGAAAGCCUUCAGUCAGAUGUCAUCCCUUUUACUUCAUAAAAGAAUUCACAAUGGAAAGAAAACACAUAAAUAUAAUAAAUGUGGGAGAGGCUUCAAAAAGAAAUCAGCCCUUGUUAUAAAUAAAAGAAUUCAUGCUGGAGAGAAAAUCCCUGAAAAUGUGAAGGCCUUAAGUCAGAGUCUACAGCAAAGAAAUCACCAUUUAGAGAAUCCUUAUAAAUGCAGAAAAUGUGGGAAAUUCUUUAAUAGGAUUUCACCCCUGAUGCUUCACCAGAGAAUUCACACUUCAGAGAAACCAUACAAAUGUGAUAAAUGUGACAAGCUCUUCAGGCGGCUUUCAACCCUUAUUCUGCAUCUAAGAAUUCAUAAUGGAGAAAAUAUAUACAGAUGCAAUAAAUGUGAGAAGGUCUGCAAUCGGCAUUCAUCCCUUAUUCAACAUCAGAAAGUUCAUACAAAGAAAAAGAAACUCUUUGAGUGUAAGGAAUGUGGGAAGAUGUUUUCUGGAACUGCAAACCUUAAAAUACAUCAGAACAUUCAUUCUGAAGAGAAACCUUUCAAAUGCAAUAAAUGUAGUAAAGUUUUCGGCCGCCAAUCAUUUCUUAUUGAACAUCAAAGAAUUCAUACUGGAGAAAAACCCUACCAGUGCGAGGAAUGUGGAAAAGCCUUCAGCCACCGAAUCUCUCUCACGCGACACAAGAGAAUUCAUACUGAAGAUAGACCCUACGAAUGUGAUCAGUGUGGGAAGGCCUUCAGCCAGAGCGCACACCUUGCCCAACAUGAAAGAAUUCACACUGGAGAGAAGCCAUAUACAUGCAAAACAUGUGGUAAGGCCUUUAGUCAGCGCACAUCUCUUAUUCUACAUGAAAGAAGUCAUACUGGAGAGAAACCCUAUGAAUGUAAUGAAUGUGGAAAGGCCUUUAGCAGUGGCUCCGACCUUAUUCGACAUCAGAGAAGUCAUUCUUCAGAGAAACCCUAUGAAUGUAGUAAAUGUGGGAAGGCAUAUAGUCGGAGCUCAUCCCUGAUUCGACAUCAGAAUACACAUUCUGAAGAAAAAGCCUAAGGUGAUUUUAAAUCUAUAAAAUCAACAAAUGAGGCUAUCAAAGAUAUGGCAAAUAUUUAUUUGUCUAUAAUGUAAAUUUUGUGUAUAUGGGACCAUUUGAUGAUAUGUCCCACUUUGAAAGCCAAAGAGCAAAAGUCAUUGGUGAUUUUGACCUCAGGAUUUGAAAUUAACUGAAGGAAACUCAGAAGUUUGGUCAGCCAUUGGAAAUUAAGAUCAUUUUUUAUUUGAUAAGAAUCACUGACUGGGCAGGAAAUGAAGAUCAUUUUUUAUUUGAUAAGAAUGACUGGCUGGGCACAGUGGCUCACACCUGUAACCCCAGCACUUUGGGAGCCUGAGACGGGCGGAUCAUGAGGUCAAGAGUUUGAGACCAGUCUGGCCAACAUGGUGAAAUCCCAUCUCUACUGAAAAAUACAAAAUUAGCUCGGCGUGGUGGUGAGCACCUGUAAUCUCAGCUACUGGAGAGGCUGAGGCAGGAGAAUCGAACCCAGUAGGUGGAGGUUGCAGUGAGCAGAGAUUGUGCUACUGCACUCCAGACUGGGCAACACAGCAAGAUUCUGUGUCAAAAAAAAAAGAUUGAUAUUUUACUUCCAGCAUAGUUUUACAGAUAAUUCAUUGGUCACAUAUAAUGAAGUAUAAUUCUGAAGUCCAUUAUGGGGCUCUGAGCCUGGUUUAAGGUCACAGAAGAAAGAAUUUGAGUCUGUUUCUCAGAUCUAGAACUAUCAAAUAUCAGGAACUUCUUGGCAAAACAGGGUGCCACUUUCAACUGACAAACUUGUGGGUGAGAAUAAAGAAAAGUGAGUCUUUAGGUAGAUAAAGGCAUCAUUCACUCAUAAUGGUGUGUAACAGUAGAAACCUUAUUGUACCAUCUCCAUGGAUAUGAGAAUAUAUGAUCUUCAUGGUGUGAACAUCUAAUGUGGCUGAGACAAGCUAUCAGUAAAAGAACCAAGAUACAGUGAAGAAUGAGGAUUUCAAAGCCAGGAGAAAUCAGUAUUGUUUUAUUUGGAAAUAAAUCAUCUAUAUUUAUAUGAAUAAACAUUGGUAUUUUCAUGUAACAAUACUGGUAUGCAAUAAGUGAUGAAAUAUGAGUUGUUAUGGACUGAAUGUUUGUGUUUCCCCCCCCUCAAAAUUCAUUAUGUUAAAAUCUUCACCAUCAAUGUGAUGUUACUUGGAAAUGAGGCAUUUGGGAGGCAAUUAGAAUUAGAUGAGGUCAUGAGGGUGGAGCCCUCAUGAUGGGAUUAGUGCCUUUAUAAGAAGAGACAUUGGGCGGGGCGCAGUGGCUCAUGCCCGUAAUCCCAGCACUUUGGGAGGCCAAGGUGGGCGGAUCACGAGGUCAGGAUUUCGAGACCAGCCUGGCCAAUAUGGUGAAACCCCGUCUCUACUAAAAAUACAAAAAUCAGCUGGGCAUGGUGGCAUUUGCCUGUAGUCCCAGCUACUCGGGAGGUGGAGGGAGAAGAAUCGCUUGAACCCAGGAGGCAGAAGUUGCAGUGAGCCAAGAUCACGCCACUGCACUCCAGCCUGGGUGACAGAGCCAGACUGUGUCUCAAAAACAAACAAACAAAAAAGACAUCAGAAAGCCUGCUUCCUCUCUGCACCAUGUGAGGAUGCAGCAAGAAGCCAGCUGUCUACAAAACAGGAAGAGAGCCCUCACCAGAACCUAACCAUGCUGGCCACCUGUUCUCAGACUUCCAGGCUUCAGAACUGUGAGCAGUAAAUUGUUGUUUAAGCCACCCAGUCUAUGAUGUUUUGUAAUGGCAGCCCAAACUAAUAUAUGGAGUGGAAACCCUAGGUUUAUAUACUGGGUUCUUUUCCUGUCAGCAGUUCAACAUGUGUAGUAACUUUCAGUCUCUGCUGUUUGUGCCAAAUAUAUAAGAAAUAAAAUCAGAGAACUUUUUUGCAAUUGGAUCAUA